AUGAACAUCAAUCAGGUUUCUCUGGAGAACCUCUACUCCGGCAAUGGGAAGCUCUCAUAUCCGUACAGGAUUGGAAAGCGGUUCUCAUUUGCAAGACAGUCGCACGAGAGGACGGACGGUGUCGCCUCCCCGGCGCGCAUCUCACCCAAGCGCACGCAUUCCAACCCGCUGGCAAACGUCCACAGCAAGGAGUUUCUGCUCCGCCCAAUGUCCACCGCCAGCAUAAAACUCGAUGGGGCCGUCAUCUACCACGCAUUGGCCUUACUGGACAAUGCUGUGGAGGGCAUUCACGCGGCCGACCCCAAAGGCAUCUGCAGGACAGACCCCCCCCCCCUGAUCAAGCAGUUUGGUAGCUGCAUGCCGCUCAAGAUCCGGCCCGAGGCCAAAGACAAACGCAUCAUGCGCGACCUCGUCCGUGACAGCAAGGGGGUCUGGGUACAGGACUCGGCGACCGGGAUGACCUACGCAGAGUUCCUUAAGCGCAUUGGCAAGGCCCCUGAUUACACCUGUCUUACCAGGACUCAGACAAACGGUCUGCCUAUGGUCACAACCAAAGCUCGAAAGUUGCAGACCGCCAAAUUGCUCGCGGAGACGCGGGAGCUGUAG